AUGGCUAUUACCAAAUUAGUCAUGAGACUCGUCUACAUUCUCCUCGUUCUGUUCACAUUCACCGUGUUACCGGCGGUCUCAACCGCCCCUGAAAAUUGCGACAGCGGCUUGGAGAAUCCAUGUAUCAAUAAAGCUAAGGCUUUACCACUCAAAAUCGUAGCCAUUGUGGCCAUCCUUACGAUAAGCUUGAUAGGUGUAAUGGCUCCUUUUUUUAGCCGCUACAUUUCUUUCCUCCAUCCAGAUGGCAACGGUUUCAUGAUCGUAAAAUGUUUUUCUUCCGGAAUCAUUCUCGGAACAGGUUUCAUGCACGUAUUGCCUGACUCUUUCGAGAUGUUGUCAUCAAAAUGCCUUAGUCAUGAUCCGUGGCAUAAGUUUCCGUUUGCGGGAUUCGUCGCUAUGGUGUCUGGCCUAGUCACUCUAGCCAUUGACUCCAUUACCACCAGCCUUUAUACCGUCAAAAACACAGUGGGACCAGUGCCUGACGAGUAUGGCGUUGAUCAGGAGAAGGCGAUUCACAUUGUAGGUCACAAUCACAGCCACGGUCAUGGUGUUGUCCUAUCAACUAAAGAUGAUGGAUCUUCUGAUCCACAACUUCUACGGUACCGUGUCAUUGCGAUGGUACUGGAGCUUGGGAUUUUAUUUCAUUCCGUGGUCAUUGGACUAUCCCUAGGAGCAACAAAUGAUGCAUGCACCAUUAGAGGACUCAUCAUCGCUCUUUGCUUCCAUCACCUAUUCGAAGGCAUGGGUCUCGGUGGCUGCAUCCUCCAGGCAGAUUUUAAAAAUGUGAAAAAGUUCUUGAUGGCAUUCUUUUUUGCUGGAACAACACCUUGUGGUAUUUUUCUUGGGAUCGCAUUGUCAAGUAUCUAUAAAGAUAACAGUCCAACGGCGUUGAUAACAAUCGGACUGUUAAAUGCUUGCUCGGCCGGAAUGCUCAUCUACAUGGCCCUCGUCGACCUUCUAGCUACCGAGUUCAUGGGAUCAAUGCUCCAAGGUAGCAUCAAGCUUCAGAUCAAGUGCUUCGCUUCGGCUGUAGUCGGCUGUGCCGUAAUGUCAGUCGUCGCCAUCUGGGCUUAA